AUGGAAAAAGCAGAACAACGGAAUCAAACACCCAUUGUGGAAUUGAUCCUUGUCGGGUUUGGAAACGGCCCUGAACUGCAGCCCCUCCUCUUCCUGCUGUUUCUGGUGAUCUACCUUGCAGCUGUGGCUGGGAAUUUCCUCAUCAUUGCACUAGUGGUGGCUGAUCGGCACCUUCACAUCCCCAUGUACUACUUUGUGGCCAACUUGUCCUCUGUUGAGAUCUGCUACGUCUCCACCACCCUGCCCAGGCUGCUGGCCAGUCUCGCGACGGGGGACAGAACCAUUUCUCUACACGACUGCUAUGUGCAAUUCUAUUUCUAUAUUAUCCUCUCCAAUGCAGAAUGUCUCUUGCUCACGGCCAUGUGCUACGAUCGGUAUCUAGCGAUCUGCCAUCCCCUCCGCUAUGCCCCUCUUAUGACCGGCUGGGUCUGUUGCCACAUGGUGUCCUGGGCCUGGAUAUUCGGCAUUUCCUACUGCAUCAUGAUGCACAUAUUCAUUUUGCAAUCAAGAUACUGUGGUCCCAAAGACAUCGACCAUUUCUUUUGUGAUUUUGCAGUCGUUGCAGAUGCGUUCUGUGGUCCCAUCACAAGGACUCUGCAACUGCUGGCUUUUUUUUUGUCCAUCAUAUUGACUAUUGGGGUCUUUCUACUGACCCUGAUGUCCUAUAUUUGCAUCAUCGCCAGCAUCCUGAGAAUUCCUUCCAGCACUGGGAGGAAAAAGGCCUUUUCCACCUGCUCCUCCCAUCUCAUUGUGGUGAUAGUUUACAAUGUGAGUGUAAUGGCAGUCUAUGUCGUUACGCUGUUCAAUGCUCCUGCGAUUGUGCACAAAAUUAUGUCUUUCUGGUUUGCAAUCAUGAUCCCCUUGCUCAACCCUGUCCUGUACUGCCUCAGAAACAAGGAGGUCCAUCAGGCCCUGAGGAAUGUUCUUCUGAAAGUGGCUGCUUUCAGACACAGGCCUGAAGUGUGA